ACUGGCUAAAAAGCUAAGCCCAGCCCGAGAGAGAAGCUAGCGAGCCACCCCAGAAGAAGAAACAAACAAAGAAAGAAGAUGGAUGAGGCCGCAGCUGCGGUGGCCGCCGUCCUGCUCGUCCUCGCGCUGUCGGCGGCGCUCUUCACCAGAAGGAGCGCCAAUAACCGGCUGCCCCCGAGCCCGAUGGCCCUCCCGCUCAUCGGCCACCUGCACCUCAUCCGCCCGCCGCCGCAUCGGGCCUUCGACCGCAUCCUCGCGCGCUACGGGCCCCUCGUCUACCUGCGCCUCGGCCCCUCCACGCACUGCGUCGUCGCCGGCACCGCCGACGCCGCGCGCGACCUCCUCAAGUUCGAGGCCAGCAUCCCGGAGCGCCCGCUCACGGCCGUCACGCGUCACCUCGCCUACGACGACGCCGGCUUCGCCUUCGCGCCCUACGGCCCGCACUGGCGCUUCAUGAAGCGCCUCUGCAUGUCCGAGCUGCUCGGCCCGCGCACCGUUGAGCAGCUGCGCCCCGUGCGGGAGGCCGAGCUGGCCGCCGUGCUGGCGGCGGCGCGCGACGCGGCCGGCCGGGGGGAGGCCAUCGACGUCAGCCGCCACCUCAUCAGCAUGUCUAACAACGCCAUCAUGCGCAUGGUGGCCAGCGCGCUGCCGGGCCACAUGACGGAAGCGGCGCGGGACUGUGCCAAGCACGUCGCCGAGGUCGUGGGGGCCUUCAACCUCGAGGACUACGUCGGCCUCUGCCGGGGAUGGGACCUGCAGGGGCUCACGCGGAGGACACGCGAGGUGCGCGACAAGUUCGACGCGCUGCUCGAGAUCAUGAUCACGGCCAAGGAGGAGGCGCGUCGCCGGUCGCGGGCACCGAGCACCACCACCGGCACCAAGGACUUGCUGGACAUCCUCAUGGACGCCGCGGCGGACCAGAACGCCGAGGUCAAGCUCACCAGGGAGAACAUCAAGGCCUUUGUCCUCGACAUCUUCACCGCCGGCUCCGACACCACCGCCACCAGCGUCGAGUGGAUGCUGGCGCACCUUAUCAACCACCCGGCCUGCAUGGACAGGCUGCGCGCCGAGCUUGACGACGUCGUGGGCGGCUCGCGGCUGGUGGGCGAGCAGGACGUCGCGCACCUGCCCUACCUGCAGGCCGUCUUCAAGGAGACCCUGCGGCUGCAGCCGCCGGCCGUGUUCGCGCAGCGGGAGACCAUCGAGCCGGUGCACGUCCGCGGCUACACCAUCCCGCCCAAGACCUCCGUCUUCUUCAACAUCUUCUCCAUCGGGCGCGACCCGGGCUCGUGGGAGGAGCCCCUCCAGUUCCGACCGGAGCGCUUCAUGCCUGGCGGUGCCGGCGCCGGCGUCGACCCCAAGGGGCAGCACAUGCAGCUCAUGCCCUUCGGGAGCGGCCGCCGCGCCUGCCCCGGCAUGGGCCUCGCCAUGCAGGCCGUGCCAGCGUUCCUCGCCGCGCUGGUGCAGUGCUUCGACUGGGCGGUGCCCAUCCCGCAGGGCCAAUCAAAGCCGCCGCCGCUGGACAUGGAGGAGGCCGAAGGGCUCGUCGCCGCCCGGAAACAGCCGCUCGUGCUCAUCCCCACCGCGCGCUUCCAUCCGCUGCCCGGCCGAGUCUGAUGUCUGAUGACGGAUCGGAGGUCCUUUUUCUAUCUAUCCUCGGACGACUGGUUCUACGACACUUGGGCGGACUGCGAUAUGAAUUACUAUCAGUAGUUAGUAGUUUGAGUUUUAUGAACUUUACAUUUGAUUUUUCUUUCGUUUUUGCAAACCGCAAUAAUUAAGAUGAUUUUUGUGUCA